AUGUCUGGCGCCGAGUUCGUAGCAGUCGCGGCCGUCGCCUCCUCCAUAAUCGCCAUAAUCGACGGUAUGGCCAAAGUCGUCGAAGCCGCACUAGACGCCGAAGGUCUCCCCAAAGCGUUCCGUCGUGCCUCCCAAAAGCUGGAGAUAAUCAGCGACAUCCUAGAUGCAACAAGAACAACACUAGAAUCGCAUAACUCAUCACAAAUCGACAGCGCGGCGAAAAAGACAAUAGAUAGAUGUGAAGAAGAUUGGAAUAAACUCAAAGAAUUAUUUAAUAAAGUGGUACCUGAGGAUAAGAGUUCUAGGAUGGAGAGAUAUACUAAGGCCGCUAGGACGUUGGGGAAAGGUGGGAAGGUUGAGACGCUGAUGAAGAAUUUGUUGGAGAAUGUACAGUUGUUGGCUACGUUUAAGAUUAUGACGGAGAAUGGGAGGGAGGAGGCGAUUGCUUCUGAGGCGGAUAAGAAGAAACUUGAUAGACAUAUUGCGGAUGUGACUGGUUGGGAACCCUCGUUGCCGGAUAGCGUGUUUGAGGAGGGAGGGUAUAAUAUGAACGUCUCUGGUAGUGGAAAUUUUGUCGUUCAGGGAGAAAGUUCAAGACAGAAUAACCUACAAGAUAGGUCCCAGUAUUUUGAAGUCAGGGGUGAUUACCACGCGGGAACAAAACCCCUUACACCAGAAGAAAUAAACCAAUUGUGCCUGAGUUCCUUAAAGUGCCCAGAUACCCCCGCUAUUAAGAAUCGACUCAAGAUGACCAAGGACAAGCUAGUCAUAGGAUCAAUGGACUGGAUUCUAACAGACCCCCAAUUCCUCCGUUGGAAAGCUGGUGACGAACUCAGCCUGCUCUGGAUCAAGGGAGGUGCGGGGAAGGGAAAAACAAUGACAGCAAUUGGACUUAUCGAAGAACUUUCUCGUAGCAACGGCUCAAUAGUUGCGUACUCCUUCUGCCAGGACUCAAAUUACGAGCUAAAUACAGUCGAAGCAAUUAUCAAGGGCCUAAUUCGAUGUUUUGUGAAUCAACGGAACGAAGCUAUGAUGAUAUUACGACGUCUCUGGGAUUCACAAAAUGAUUGUUUCAUCGACGGUGUCCCCACAUGGCAGACUCUAUGGGAUAUAUUCUUGGAAAUGUUACUCCAAACGAAGUCUCCUAGAGUAUAUUUGGUCAUUGAUGCCCUCGACGAAUGCCAAGAGGGUGAUAUGGCCGAGUUCUUACAACUUCUUGUCCGAACGGGUCUCGAUAACCCUUCAAAGAUCAAAUGGCUUCUAACGAGUCGACCAUUUCAUAUCGCUAACCAGGAAUUACUGGCCGGAUCUGACCAGGAGCUGGUCAGCUUAGAACUCAACUUCGAACACGUUUCUGCGGGCGUAGCGAUCUAUAUUAUCGAAAAGGUGGCCGAGUUGGAUAGACGUCAUCACUACGGCCAAACAUUGCGUCAAGAGAUAGAAAAGCAACUAACGGCGAGAGCAAAGGGUAUAUACAUGUGGGUCAGCUUAGUAUGCAAAAGACUGGAAGGUGUAAGUCCAGAUGAAGCACUUGCAACAAUUGAGGACUCGCCUCCAGGAUUAUUCCCUUUUUACAACCGGGCCUUGAAACAGCUCGGCUCUGGCCGUGAUUCAAUGAUCACGAGGAGUUGUAUACGUCUUCUUAGAGUAGCAGCAUUAACUUUUAGUGUUCUAUCGGUGGACGAAGUAGAGAGCGUUUCAGGUUUGGAUUUAUCGGGUGAACGGAUCACUAUCACAAUGCUGCUUGAUAUGUGUACUUCAUUCCUCAGCCUUCGCGAUCAAGAGAAUAAGUUGAUUGGGUUUGUUCAUCAGUCAGCUCGGGAUUAUUUAAAUACCGAAGAGGCACGGUUAAUCCUAGAGGGUAACGGAGCAUAUGGACAUCGGGAAAUCGUGCUGACCUCACUAUCAUAUUUAUCCCGGAAUCUUAAAAUCAAUGUCGUCGACCUGGCCAAAUUCAAAGAACUACGACCUUUACUGCAGCCGGGAAAGCUUGAAGAUAGAUUGGCGGGAGUUAAAACUAGUCAGUAUGCGGCUAGAACUUGGGUUCAUCACCUCGCAGAACUUGACGAAACGACACUGGCACAAGUGACCUUUAGCCGGUCAGAUGGGGAAUUCAGCUCAUUCUGCCACAAUAAACUGCUUCAGUGGUUAGAAUGCAUGUGUAUUGUGGCCCGAGUAACAUAUGUUUCUGGGAUACUAGAUACCUUGGCGGAAAGAUACCCGGACUACCCUCUACAAGUUUAUGCCUACGCAAUGGCUUUCACCCCGGAAACCAGUCUACUCCGAGGCCGAAAUCUUGACAAAGCCCCCACAUGGCUAGGAACCCUUCCCCAACUUCAACGAAACCAUGAAUACGUAUCCCUCCAACCCCGCAGCCAACGGUUCCGUAAGCAAAAACUCGAUCAUACGUGGAGAAAAAAUCGCGAGACACUAGGUGCCGAUCACCAACCGAAAUUUGAAGUGGGACAACCUCGCGAUGUUCACAAAGUCGUUAGAUUCUCGCCAGAUGGUAAACAAAUCGCGUCAAGAGCCUUGAGUAAUAAAACUGUGGUUCAGCUCUGGGAUAGCCUAACCGGGGGGCCGCAUAAAUCUCUGGUUGGGCAUUUAUAUCCAGUAAAGACUAUUGCCUACUCAUCUGACGGGAAGCUGAUUGCUUCGGGCUCUGAAAAUAUCAAGGUGUGGGAUACAGUCAGCGGCGAGCUUCAGAUAACUCUGUGCGAUAGCUCCAACACCGAUUUAUACAUCAGAGCUGUAGCAUUUUCACCAGAUGGGGAUAAAAUCGCAUCAGCUUCUGAUUAUGGAAAUCUUCAGAUAUGGGAUACAAAAGCCGGUACUUCCGAAACAACUAUCAAGGCACACUCGAGAAUAUCCACCGUCUCCUUCUCACCGAACGGUAAAUACAUUGUAUCCGGAUCCUACGACGGGCAUGUUAAAGUCUGGAAUUCCACCACCGGGGAAUUUCAAAGACAAUUUGAUACUGUAUAUCCAGUUACCACCGUUGCAUUUUCGCCAAGCGGCAAGCAUAUCGCCGCCGGCGACUGCUAUGGUGAAUUCCACGUAUGGGAUACCCCGGCAUUCUCGGGUAUUGGGAAGAUGUUCAAUGUUCAUUUGAGCGGAGUCGUGGGCUUUGUCGAUUCGUUCACUGUGAAAGAAGUCAGAUCGUUAUACGGGUAUCUUAUUAACUACGUGAUAUUCUCACACGAUGGAGAGUACCUAAUAACCAACGUCGGCCAUAUCAGAGUCAAAAGAAUUCCCGCGAGAGGGAAACCUCCGUUAUCAACCUAUGCCCCUAUCUAUAGGAGUUUUCAACAUUUUGGUGUUCGUGGAGAUUGGCUGUGCUAUGGGACAGAAGAGUCGAGAUAUGCCAAAAUCUAA